CAGGCUUUUGCGACAACUGCUGAUUUAGCACUGCUGACCCAUAAAGAAUGUUAUUGACUUUCGAAGAAAGGCACGGAAGGAGGGAAAGAUUUUUAGAACGAGGCAGAUUUUGGAUUAAGGAGGAAAAGUAAACACAAUGGGUUCUAUUCUUGGAGGAGCUAUGAAAGAGACUAUGGAUGAAAACAUGAAGAAGAAUCAGGAAUUUAUGUUGAAAACUCAACAAAUACAGCUGGGAAGGCAGCUUCAAAUGCAGAAUGCUAUGAGAGAAAGACAAAUGUCCAUGCAACUGGCUGGAGCAAGAGAAAUGUUUAAUUGGUUAGCUACAUUCUAUGGAAUUGCAACAAUUGGCAUGUUUGCUGGGUUUAUGAAAUCCAAAAAGCCAGCUGUUUUAAUUCCCUUUCUUCCACUAUCCUUUGUUGUGGGUUAUCAGGCUGAUUAUGUUUAUGGAGGCAAAGUCAGCAGAAUCAGAGAGGAGGCAGAACGUAUCAUGAAAGAAGAAUAUUCAAUUCUUCAACUCCCUGCUGGGAUACCUGAUUUCAAAUCAAUUGAAGAAGCUCGUCUAAAGGCCGAAGGAAAGUCAUCUUGAACUUUUCUAGUCAUCUGGAACUUUUCUAGUCAUCUGAGAAGCUUAUAUUACAUAAAAGACACACCUAUGCAAUCUAUAAUCUCUACUAUACCUAAGUUAACAUCAUUAUAAAACCCAUACGCUUACAUAAACAUUUUGAAUUUAUUAUUUUGAGAGUAUAUUGCUUCAAGGGCUAAUGCUUAAAAUGUCAGCCUUUAAACUCUUUACUGUGGCCAAUUUACAUCGUCAACUGAGUUGAUAACACUACAUUACCCUGUUACACUUUCCCACUGACACAGCACCAUAGUUUCUUUAGAAACUCACCCCCUUUAUUGUUGUUUUAUAGUCUCCAAAAAGCUGUAUAUUGCAUGCUUCUUAUUGCUCUGUAGGGUUUGAGUAAUAAAAGGAUUACUCUCUAUGACAUUUCCCACAAACUUUUAGAUGUUUCCCAUGAGUAACCAUUGAGAAAAAAUGAAAAAGGAAAAGAUCAUGUGCUGCAGGCAUAUAUUUAUUUUCUGGUCUCUGAAAUAUUAUGUUUACUCAUCUCUAUGACUUUCUAUGACCCCCCCACUCGAAGUCCAUGAUUUGUCAGGUCUGGAAAAUAACAUUUUGGAAUUUCAUGACUUUCCAAGUGUUCCAUGACCUGUACAAACCCAGUAACUGUGAACAAAUUACUUACCAAAGAGAAGUGGCUUUUUUUAGCAUGAUUAUUUUGUUCUGAAAGUAUACAUGUAUGUAAGGCUCAUAUGUGUCAACAUUUCACUAAUAUUAGACAACUUAGGCUCAGAAUUUUGUCAGUGGUGUACAUGUACCUUGAUCUUAGGGCCAUAAUAUAUAGCACUCUUCCCUUAAAUCAACUGAAAAUCAUAUAUAAAAGAAAAAAAUUCAGAAAUCGUUUGUUUUGUUGAUUGUAUUUUAAUGACAAAAAGGGGGUCAUGGUUCUAAUUAUAGGCUUUGAGCAAAAAGAGCAAAACCAGUGAUGUUAAAUGCAAAUUUUAAUUGGUUAUACUGCUGCUGUCAAACCUGUUAUUACAAGGUAGUAAUUUCAUGCUUAUAAGUAGAAUUUAUUUCAUGAAAUUUUAUAUUAUUAACUGUUACAGGGUAGUAGAGAUUCAUCAGGGCACCAAACUGUAUACAGUCAUGACAGAGCCACCUUAAACCUUUUUUCCUGGUCCUCCUUACAAUAAGAUGGUAUAUGAGAUGAUAUUAGAUCCGAGUUUUUGUAUCUGAGGAGUCAUAAAAGUCCACUUUUCUUAUCAGUAAAGCAGUCACUGCAUUAUUAAUUCUAAAAGACAGUCCAUAUCCAAAUUUGAAAGUUCAAGUUAUUCUGCUGCACUGAAAAUUAACGUAACAUACUGCAGCAAAAGUAAACACAACUUGAUUAUGUGGUGUAAAAUACUUUCUAAAAUAGCUUUGUUACUGGAACAUUUUUUUUAAACAUCCUUCCCUUGUGUCUUACUCUGCCUGGCCUGUGAAAAUAAGUCGUAUAAAUUUUAAUAGAACACCUUGAAACAUGCAACACUACAUAAAAAAAUACCGUACCAGAGAGAUAUAUAAUAGACGUUACUAUUUCGUUGAUCGUCUACAACCAGAGAGGAGCAUGUUCAAAAAGAAAGGACCCCAUAAAAGCAGACUUUAAGAAAAAUAGAUAAAAUUAGGCUGACCUUCUAACACAUUCCACAAGUGUGUGGGCACUCUUCUUCAACAAAGCUGACAAAACUCCGGUAUGUUAUGAACCACCGACUGCUGAAGCACUGAUGUUUUCUCAACCGACAUAUAGUUGGAUGUACAUCCAAGCAAUAGGCUGUAAAAUUAUGUAAAAUAGAGUUAGUAAGCAAUUCUUAACGCUUCUUCCUUUUUUGGAUUAAAAUAAGUAUAUUAACAUUAAGUUAUAGUA